AUGUCGGGUUGGCACACCGCGGAGAUGUGCGGCAGGCGAUACUGCGCCGCUCGCCUGGAGGACGCCCGGCGCUCCUUGGGCGAGUUCGCUGGCUACUGUGAUGUCAGCUGCGAGAAGGGACACCACGUGGACGGCAAUGUUUGGUACGCCGACCGCUACCUCUACCCAAACCACUGGCAGCCCGGAUCUAAGAUUCACCCGCGACUCGUAGACGAUGGUCACGUGAAGUCUUGGUUCGAUGUGUGGUCCGUGUCUGUUGCCAUGCGCAUGUGCGUGCCGGCAUUGAUUGUACUCUUACUUCUUCUGUUCGUAUAA